AUUAUUAUAAUCAACCAGAGGUGUAUAGUGAUAAUAACUUAUCAAAUCAUUACAUUCAUAGUGCUCUAUAGUGAUCUUCGUUUUGUGGUAGAACUACACAGAGGGAGAAGAUGCAAGCACUAGUAGCAUGCUCUCCACUUGUGUAUGACGUAGUCAAAGUGAGAGUGCAAUCACACACCAAUCUUGUUCCAACAACCAUUUCUAUCAAACCUGAUUUGACAUCAACCAAAUCAUCUUCUAAGCUCACACUAUCAUGUAAGUUUCAUCCUCAGCCACUGUUGAACCUUUGCACAUCAAAAUCACCAAGAAUAAGCAGCUGCAAGGUUGGUCCACUUAAGUGUGGCAUUUCGUCGAAUGGGAGCAGUGCAAAUGAAGGUAGAAGUCUUCGGGAAUGGUUUGAGCUGGUUGGUGAGGCCUUAUCAACGGCACUGCCAUUGUGGGUGACCAUUGGAUGCGUUUUGGGGCUGUUCAAGCCAAGUUCCUUCAAUUGGGUCACUCCAAAAUUGAACAUUGUGGGCCUCUCCAUCAUCAUGCUUGGUAUGGGUAUGACCCUCACUCUUGAUGAUCUUCGUGGGGCUCUUUCCAUGCCUAAGGAAGUCCUCUCUGGAUUUGUCCUUCAGUAUUCGGUGAUGCCAUUAUCUGGAUUUCUGGUAAGCAAACUGUUGAAUCUUCCAUCGCAUUAUGCAGCAGGUUUAAUAUUAGUUGGGUGUUGUCCAGGAGGCACAGCUAGUAACAUUGUUACAUAUCUUGCACGUGGAAAUGUGGCACUUUCUGUGAUAAUGACAGCUGCAAGCACUAUAUCUGCCGUGAUCAUGACUCCUUUUCUGACAGCCAAACUUGCCGGUAAAUAUGUAGCAGUGGAUGCAUCUGGCUUAUUAAUUUCAACAUUGCAAGUUGUGCUUUUUCCUGUGUUGGCUGGUGCAUUUCUGAAUCAGUAUUUCCAACCUAUUGUUAAAAUUGUCUCUCCAUUGAUGCCUCCCUUGGCUGUAGCAACUGUGGCAAUUUUGUGUGGAAAUGCUAUUUCUCAGAGCUCUUCAACAAUCCUUAUGUCUGGAGGACAAGUAGUUUUAGCUUCCUCUCUUCUUCAUGCUUCAGGUUUUUUCUUUGGUUAUGUACUUGCAAGAAUGCUUGGCCUAGAUGUGUCAUCAUCACGAACCAUAUCCAUUGAGGUUGGCAUGCAGAACUCAGUUCUUGGGGUUGUUCUUGCUACGAAACACUUUGGAGAUCCUCUAACCACAGUUCCUUGUGCUGUUUCAAGUGUGUUACACUCAAUCUUUGGUAGCAUCCUUGCAGGAAUUUGGAGACACACUGUGCCUGCUGAGGUGAAGGACUAAAAAUAUGUAAAUGGGUAAGCUUUUGCAUAUAAAUAAGAUUGUUUCAUUGGUGACUUGUAACAGUUUCUGGACCAAGAAAAAAUGCACCUCAGUUAUUGUCAACUUGAUCUUAUACUAAAAUGACUUGGUUCGAAUUAGUAUGUCCUUCUGCUUCUGUUAAAACACUUAAAUGGUGUCUGCACAAGAUUUUAUAUUAAAAGCAUAUUUAGGAUGUAGGUUUUGGAUUGUCAAUGUGAAUGUAUUCAAUCUCCUUCUUCCAUUUUUCUUC